AUGCCGCCUAAGCGCGCGGGCACCAGGCGAGCCGGAGCUACUGCUCGCUCCGAGGCCUCGAUCAUUUUUGGCCAUUCGAGUCCAAGUGUCAGUAACCAGCCGCUGCCAGAUGUGCCUACUCAGCCAAGCUGGGCCUAUGGCUCACCGGCAGCACCUGUCCUUCCUCGUCGACUAGUCGCGAAGAAGAUGGGUUUGGCCGAAGUGGCCGAAUCAAUUGAUCAGACCAUCAGAGACGCCCAGAAGCGAGAUCGACAGAAUGACACAGAUGAAUCCAGUGACACAGAUGAUCGACCUCAUAUGAACACACGCUCACGGAGACGGUCAUCGGUUGCUAACGCAUCGCCUAUCCGCCGGCGAACCAAGCGAGAACCGACUCCCGAUCAGGUGCAAUUGCUUGAUGCGUUACGCGACGCGACUGUUUCCCCGAAUCAGCGCAACGGAGAAAAUGAAACGCAAGCAGAGAGAUCUACUGCAACCCCAACUCCUCCUAUCCCGCACACACUUUCUACUAUGUCCAGCCCGGCCUCUCAGAUCCUUACAGACCCCAAAUAUCCCUCUCUGCCAAUAGAACAGCUGUACCCUUCCCCAAUGCAGCGCAUUGGCUCCCCCACUCGCAACGACGUGUCUCUAGAAAUGUCGCAAAAUGCAGGCAUAGAUGACAACGAAUCGGUCAUUUCGUGGAUGGUAGAACGCGAUAUCCAUGAUGAUGACCUGCAACGGACACGUUCCACUCGCUAUCGCAAAGAGCCAGUCGGGAAGAAUAUUACUGCACCACCUCGUCGCUUUUCUGGGCUUGCUUUCGCAAACGAGACCAUUGUAGAGGAAGACGAACCCGAUUCGCGUCUUUCUGUCUCGAAAGCACCUCGAGAACCGACAGUGGAAUCUGAGGCACAGUCAGACCAUCAAACAGAGCCGGAUCAGCCUCCGGAGCCUCAAAAGGAGCCUUUACCACAAGUGGAAGUGUCUUCGGCACCCGCGCGGACUAUCAUUCCAAAUCUUUUUACGAAAGAACAGUCGUUCAAUAAUUCUACCACGCUGCCAUCAGACCAAUCGUUCACAGACCACGCUCGACCAACACCAGCCACUUCUUUCAUCCCUAGAGUAUCAGUUUCUCUUCCAUGGACACAAAUUCUUCGAAUAGCUGGUGCUAUACUUCUGGCCGCCAUCUCUCUUUUCACAAUUUAUUCGCUCAGCGACAGGAUUGCUAGCAUACCACACGACAUCGCCUCGCUCUUUCCCUUUCGCAAUCCCGCGCCCUCAAUUCCCUUGAACACUUCUGGCAUAGAGGCGCUGAAUAGUCUCAAUAACCAAGUGAUGAGAUUAGGAGCGCAAGUCUCUUCUAUCUCUCAGGAAUUGAGCGUCGUCAAAUCUGAGGUCAAAAACGUCGCUGGCCCAACCACUAUCAUUGAGCCGGUCAAAGUGCCUAAGAAGCCCAAUUUUCUCAGUAUAGGGACCGGCGUAUUGGUAGAUCCGCGCAUGACAAGUCCAACCUAUGGAGAGAAGAAAUCCAGGCUGCCUAAGUGGUUGCAGGACCGGGUACGUGAUUGGGACACAGAUCCGCGUUCAAACCCGAACCCACCUCUUACGGCCUUGUUGCCCUGGGACAGUGUGGGCGAUUGCUGGUGUAGCGCUCCACGAAACGGUGUGUCGCAGCUGGCUCUUCACUUGAGCCGGCCCAUUGUACCGGAGGAGGUGGUCGUCGAGCAUAUUCCCAAACAUGCUACCCUUAAUCCAGGAGCCGCACCCAAGGACAUGGAGCUUUGGGUUCAAUACACGAUCAACAAAAGCACGUCUGGUGAUCUUCCGACGGAAGCAGGAUCUGCCGGCUGGUACAAAUCCUACCUAAACUGGCUCCUUUCUUUUGAGUCCAGAGUUCUCGAAACGGAGUACCAGUCUCCGAUGCUGUCAGAGCGCUUCUCACUGCACGACUAUAUCAUGGGCUAUCUUCGUCCCGCAUACCACAAUGAACCAGAGAGUGCUUAUUGGAACACUACUACUCUGGGCCCGACAUUCUACCGUGUAGGGAAGUGGAAGUAUGAUAUCCACGGGCAACACCACGUCCAGGAGUUCAGUCUGGAUGCGAUCAUCGACCAGCCCGACAUCCGUGUAGACCGAGUCGCUUUUCGCGUCAAUUCAAAUUGGGGGGCAAACUUUACCUGCUUCUAUCGGUUGAAGUUAUAUGGUCAUCUCUGA